CCGAGAGUCUGGUAGUUGUCGGUGUACAGUUAGUUUUUCACGAACAUCGUUCUGCCUUUGUGAGGAUUUAUUAUCUCCUAAACGGAUGCUCCAUGAUUCCCACGACUUUUAAGAAAAUUGAAUGCAUUAUUUUGUGACUUUUCUGAAUGCUAUGCUUCUAAACUGCCAAGCAGCUCUCCAGGGACAAGGGCUGUGUGGUGAGUUCAGGGGCUAGCCAGCCGAACGUACCACCUGUAAAGGGUGGCGGCUGCCCUGGCUGCUGGGAUGCUACGGAAGGGCAGCAGAAGCAGCAGCAACAGCAGCACCAGCAGCCUCGGUGGAGGUACAGCGACAAAUAAUGUCCAGGAGCUUCAGUCGGCUGCCACUCAACCCCAAGAAUCUCUGUCACCCAAAUCCACCAAGGCUUGGACCAUGGGCCGCAGCACCAAGAGCCCCAACCCUCUGAGUAACAUGGGGCUCCCAUCCCGCCUCAUGGGGGCCCCAGGUGUGGAUGCUGACUAUGUUUUGCAGCUGGUGAACGAUGUGAGGUGGUUUGCUGAUGUGCUUCUGAACCUAAAGGAUGCCUUCCAACAUAAAGACAACCUGGAGGGUCUGCAGGAGGUUGUGCAGGAGCGCUUGGCAGAACUACUGCGUGUGUUAAAGACUGUCAUUGGCAAACACCGAACGCUCAACUCAGCGGACCUUCUCGGAGCUGCUGGCACAGUCAUUGCUAAAGUCAAAGGGAUUAACUUCAAGGAGGUGAAUCGAGAAAACAAACAGGUCAUAUUCAGCGAGAUACACACAUCCAUCGACACUUUGGCAUUUACGUUUGGCAAUGUAGUUUCUGACUUCCUUAUGGGAGAUGUGGACAACAGCUCAGGGUUGGGGAUCCCCCAGACCAGGAGGAGCAAGUCUUUUGAUAACCUCUCCGUGGAUCCAGAGUGUUACGUUCCAGGGAACAAGGAAGUUGUUGGCCCUGAGGUGCCGCUGUCAAGAGAGGAAGAACUUGACUUGACUCUGCAGAAGAAUGACAGUGGGGUUGAGUCUGCUCUACUCUAUGCAAAGGCCUUGUCAAAGUACAUUAAAGACCUUAUGGGGUGUAUGGAGAAGCGGUUUGCAAUGGAUAUUGAGUACGCCAAAAGCUACGCUAAAAUGGCUGAGUCUGCAAAGGCUCUCGCUAGUCAGCAGGAUUACAUGCCAUUCAGUGAUAUCUACGUCUCCACAUUCAAGAAUGAUAUUGAAUACAAUCAGCUGCUCAUUCAGACAGCAGUGGCUCUUCAAACAAAUAAAUUUAUACAGCCUCUUCUAGCUCGCAAGAAUGAACUAGAUAAGUUGAGAAAGGACAUUAAGGAGCAGUGGCAGAAGGAGCAAAAGAAAAUGCAAGAGGUUGACACAACCUUGCGUAAGGCACGAGCUUUGAACGAUCAAAGGAAGGAGGAGUACAGAAAAGUCCAGUCAUCUACAAACCGCUCCCAGGAGGAGCAGUCUAACGGUGGCAACAAACAGCUGGAGAAGAAGAGGAAGCUUGAAGAAGAGGCUAUGCAAAAGGCCGAGGAAGCCCAGUACCAUUUCCAAAGCUGUAGAGCUGACGCAGGCGUCAGGCGAUUGGAUCUAGCAAAUGCUAAGAGCACAAUUCUCACACAAAUCCGGGAGAUGAUCUUUCAGUGUGACGUCACUCUCAAAGCUGUCUCAGUAAAUUGGUUUCAGUUGCAGCAUUUGCAAACUGUAUCCCUCCCAACCCACUACCAGGCCAUGAAUGAGGGCGCCAAGUUGUACGAACCAGGGCGAUGCUAUGCUAACUUUGUUCGUAACCUGCCGAGAAAUCUGCCUAAAGAACAUCUUCAGACAGACCAUUUCUCCGAACAUUUCAGGUCUGGGUUUAGCAAAAGGUCCCAAGGAAGCACCCAUUCCUCCCAUGGCAACCUGUCGCAGGGCUCCAUCACUUCCAGUGACGUUUUAAGUGGAGAUGAUGUAGAUAAUCCCCUCCACCGGCCGACAAAGAUCAGCGAGCGAAGAUCGAACAGCAGUACAGACAUCCCAGCAUUGAAGAGCCAGGGACCGCUUAGGGCCUGGGCCUCCAGUAGUCAGGGCAGCCAGGGCGGGAUGUGCAGCGACUCAGAGAGCGCCGGGGGCAGCAGUGAAUCUAGGUCCAUGGACUCCCCCACCGCCAGCCCAGGUGACUUUAAGCGUCGGCUGCCCAGAACUCCCUCCACUGGGACCAUGUCUUCAGCCGAUGAUUUGGAUGAGAGGGAGCCUCUCUCUCCAUUCGACAAUGGUCUUGGAGAGAUGGGGACAGAAAGUUUAGGUUCUCCUGGUCCAUUCCGAAAUACUCAGAUGUCAAAAGCGGCUCAAACGCAUAAGCUAAGAAAACUACGAGCCCCAUCUAAGUGCAGAGAGUGUGACAGUCUGGUUGUUUUCCAUGGAGCUGAAUGUGAAGAGUGUUCUUUGGCGUGCCAUAAAAAAUGUCUGGAGACGCUCCCCAUUCAGUGCGGCCACAAAAAGCUGCAGGGAAGGUUACAGCUAUUUGGCAUCGACUUUACUCAAGCAGCGAAGAACUGUGCAGAUGGUAUCCCAUUUAUAAUCAAAAAGUGCACUGCUGAAAUUGAAAGCCGGGCCCUCAACAUCAAGGGUAUUUAUCGUGUGAAUGGUGCCAAAUCCAGAGUUGAGAAGCUUUGUCAGGCAUUUGAGAAUGGGAAGGACUUGGUUGAACUGUCUGAACUCUCCCCUCAUGAUAUCAGCAACGUCCUGAAACUCUACCUUAGACAGUUACCAGAACCACUGAUCCAGUAUCGAUUUUACAACGACCUUAUCGGCUUGGCUAAAGAGUGUCAAAGAGUGAUAGCAGAGGAAGCUGGCAAGCCUGCGAGCACCCAGACGGAAGAGAAAGGUGCGCCAAGCGUUCAGAUGAGCAGAAUAAUUUCGAAGAUCAAAGAUCUGAUACGCCAGCUACCCACUGCCAACUACAGGACGCUACGUUACCUAAUCGCUCAUCUGAACAGAGUGAGUAAACAGGCUGAUGAGAACAAGAUGACUGCCAGUAACCUGGGUAUUAUCUUCGGGCCCACGCUGGUGAAACCCAGACAGAUAGAUGCCGAGGUGUCCCUCUCCUCUCUGGUGGAUUACCCCUGUCAGGCACUGAUGGUCGAGAUGCUGGUGCGACACUUCCAUAUAAUCUUUGAUGCAGCUGGUUCUGAGAUGUCCUCCACCUCUGCACAAGCCUCUCCCAGACUGACCCCACAAGAGAAAUUGCGCCAGCUCAGCAAACACUCCACCUCCUUAACAGACAUCAAGGAGAGUGCCAAAAUAUACAAAAGAUACUCCUCAGUAAUCCCAUCAUCCCACGUCCUGGAUGAAGUGCAGGAGGUCCAACCAGGAAAAGACAAAUCAGACUGUUCAGUUGUAGAGAAAGUAAACGGGCUACAGACUUCAAGCGGACGGGAAGGCCAGAGGUCAACCCUACAGGUUAACCGCCCCACCUCCAAUAUCUCCUACACCAACACUUUGCCAACAAAAGUGCAGCUGCGCAACCAGGCUGUUCGACACACUUCAAGGCCAAUCAGCAUGCCGCUGGAACGCCUGCUAGCACCUGCUCCAAUUCUUGAGAGGAAUAACCGGAACAAAGCGGAUGCUGUCGAUGGAAGCUCUCUUCAGAGGGACACAGAGACCAUACAGGAGAUUCCAGAGCCUGAGAGGGCUCGCCAAAGUGGAUCAUCCAGGAUAAGCACCUAUUACAUUACGCCGUUUAUCGACACACAGACUAUGCAGAGGAGAACAUGGGAUAAAAAGUACAAGCACUAUGAUAUGACAUCUAGAACUGCCAUGAUUGUCGCCAAUCUGCCGCCCACCAGCUCUGGGUUGCAGCCUGUAAAAGCCACUGUGCCCUUAUCAGUCAGCACAGCAGCAACCACAGCUUCUGCGCUUCCUACUACCAGUAGCGUGAGCACUAUAUUCUCCAGCAGCCCCAGCAUGCUGUCAGUCAAGUCUGUGUGGAGCUCUAAGCGGGAACAAGAUACAGAACCAUCCAUCAGUGGCUCCAGCAACUCAUCGAACGUUUCGCUAACACUCAGGGCUCCACGGACUCUUCAGCCCCCUGCUGGAACUUUCUACAUCCCGCCAGUUUCUAGUAACAGCAGAUCGAGGACACUUUCAAGCUGGACUACAACCACAUCCAGCACCCCCUCGUCACUCACCUCCAGCACCACGUCCCCAGCAGCCUCCCCUCCCCCAACCCACACAACCCCAUUGAAGACACUUCACCAGACUCAGGACUCCACAGACAGCGCCAUUGACCCCGGGGUCUCGACCUCCACUACCGCUUCCCCACAACAGUCCCCCCCUCCAAGCAGCCCUGAUGACCUCAGCCCAGCUGAGACUACAUCCAUUUACCAAAGACUCCAACGUUUGCAGGAGAACGAACACAGAGAGGCUCAUUUUGUCUGACACCAAAUAAACAACUAAUUGUUUUUGUAAAUAGAAAUAAAUCUGUGCAACAGGUGGUGAAUGGGAGUGAAUGCGGGCAAGUAGACAUAAACCAUAAAAGUGUUAAAAGUUCUAAUAUAUUCCUUUUUACAUGUUAAAGACAGAACUAACAGCAGCAGGUCAAAGUAAGCUAAAGAAAUACGCAACAACAUCAAUGUUUACCAUCUCAAAUGUUUUUUUUCAUCAGUAUAUUUGGCAAUGAAAUACGGUAAUAUUGUAAUGUGAACCAAAAACUGUUGACCAGUCCGUUUUCUUGUUCAGUGUUUAAUCUGUGACAAAAUUCCCCUUUAAAAGUGGCACUUCUAGGCUGAACUGCUUAUGUCCCUUAAGUUUUUAGAAGUGCUGCAUUUCACAAGGGAAUGAUUGAAUGGAAUGAAGUUUUUUAAAAACAGUUACUGAAAAGGUUCUGAUCUUUAUCCAAAUGUGUCCUGUGUAUUUUGAUUGGUACAUCUGUUCUCACUAUAUUAGCCUUACAGUACAUAUCUGUUCAUGUGUAUGCAUUCAUGCAAACAUACUCAGCAUUUGUUGGAAUUAUUUUAUCUCAUAAUUUUAUUAUAAAGUGGCGGAAUGACAUGCAAAACAUCUUGCUGCAAAUUAAAAAAAAAGCUGUUUUUAAAUAUAUCUGUUUUG